AUGCCGGUCCUGUUAGGGUUCUAUCAGAGGAUGUUAGGUGGCAAUGCAAGCAAGGUGACAUUGGAAUCGAGACACUCCGACAUAGGGAUGCUUAUUUAUUCUGCACUAGAUGCGGAUAAUGCCGAGAUCAGACUCCUCGCUAUUGCCCCUGAGGACUACGACGAUGAGAUAUGCUGCUCCCUUAGUGUGGUGCCUCUCCGUAGCCGCAGCUGUCCGCAAUACGAGGCUCUAUCGUACGUUUGGGGCGAUCCCUUAACCGCGAAAGAGGUCAAAGUAGACGGAGCUCCUCACCCUAUUACCGUCAAUCUCAAAUCGGCACUCCGCGAUUUACGAUACCCGUCAAGGAGCAGAGCGAUUUGGGCGGAUGCGAUCUGCAUCAACCAGGCGGAUCUCGAUGGAAAAAAACCAGCAGCUCCCUUUGAUUACUUUGGAGCCUGGUCACAUGUGUAUGCUCGCAAAUGGCCGUUGCUCAGCUCCUGGCGCUGGAUAGGGAUGACACUGCGGUCUUGGAUCACACAGAAACGUGUGAGAGAAAAGGACAUUUUGAACUUAAAAACAUUCUUCGGUCUGUCUGAAUUCGUUUUCCAUCCAUAUUUCAGCAGGAUGUGGACUUUUCAGGAGUUUCUCCUCCCACGUCGCAGGCCAAUAUUUGUUUUGGGCAAGAAGUCAUUUCAAGUUGAUCACACUUCUUUGCAGAAUCUGUACCAUAGACACUUGAAGGCGUUAGAAAAUGCGGGUGAGCGGCUGUUGGGAGCAAAUGAACCCGAGGCCCAAGAGUUACUGCGCCUGGUUGAUGCAAGAUUGGCACCGCUUUUCCUGGACUUCAAUCUAUGUAACCGAAUGCUGAUUAUGGACAGCAUUUUGUCAAGGCCAAGGGAGUUCAGCAUAUUGGUUGUAUUUUACAUGACCAAACAUCGGGAUUGCUUCGAUCCGCGGGACAAGAUUUUUGCGCUUGUGCCGUUUAUCCAACAACCGGUCCCGGUAGUUUCUGAGCCGGACUACAGGAGGUCUCUGGAUGACGUUCUUUUGGAAACCCUUUCGAAAAUUUAUCAGCGUAGUCCAGGGAUGAUACACCGCUUCAUGGCCUUAUGGCCACUCCGAGCUUCCAGUGUGCAAGAUGCUUCAGGCCCUUCAUGGAUUCCAGACAUCACUGCGGUAGAUUCCCGAGUUGCGACGCCGUCCCCAGGUGCAACCAUCACGUUGCGAAUCUCUGAAGACUUCCUAGUCUUAACUAUAGGAGCUCGCUUCAUUGGAAAAUGUCAUCCAUCACGAACAAGAUUAGGCAGCGAGCCGGAGGAAAUUCUACGACGCAUUGCUAGACUCAUGUACGCUGAUGGAGAAGAUCUACAAUGCUUUGCAGGCUCAAAAAUUGGAAUGAGAAGGAAUGGAAAUCAUGCCGGACGGAUAUUCGACGCAUUAUGGGCAUGGACCCCCAGUUCAAGAUGGCGAACUCGAGAGCAUGUCCGAGCGCUGCUUUCCAUUUUUAGAACGAUCGCACGACACGAGGGCAUUAUGAAGCUUGAUGAUAUUCCGUUCACCGCAGAGCAGAGAAGCAAUCUCCCUGAAGCCGAAAUUGCUGCAAGAGAUUUCGCCAACAGAGACUUUUUCUGGACGGAUACGGGGCUCUUCGGAGCCUGUUCGGACAGACUGCAAGAGGGCGACACUGUGGUCAUUACAUCUGAAUUUGAUCGUCCCACACGCCCUGAUCCCUCAGGUGAAUCCAACCACUAUUCUAUAGUUGAUUGGGCCUUUGUUGAAGGGCUCAAAGGUGCGGCCGUUGAUGCACAACUUGUGAACGAAAUCCAGGAAACACCUUUGAGCGACAUCUACAUUCACUAA